GUCGGAGAUUUACUCAAGGGUAAAAUCGGUAAUGACAAAAGGACUUUAAAAGGAGUUACUUGAGCCAUCACCAUCGUCCCCCUCACUAAGGUCGGUCUCCCUGAGAAGCUAAGAGCAAAAAAUGGCGACGAUAAACGGCGACGUUUUGAUGAUAGAGGCGCCGCCGGAAUCUCGACCGGCGGUGACUACAACUGCAGAAGUGAUUGAUGCGUUGCCAUAUAUUGAUGACGAGUAUGGUGACCCCAAAAUGAAAGAAGAAGUAGACCGUUUGGUUGAAGAAGAGAUGCGCCGCAGCUCCAAAAAGCCCUCAGAUUUUCUCAAAGACCUUCCUCCUCUUCCGAAGUUCAAUUUCGAGAAUCACCCGAUGCUUGCAAGGGAAUAUGAGCGGGUGAGAGCUGGAAAGCCUCCGGUACAAAUUAAUACUUCAAGAUAUGGACUUGAAGUGCCACCUGUGAAUAAACGGAAUGAUGAAACUGCAUGGAAGCAAGCACUUCAAAAAGCUCAACGUUUACUGCAGCAUCAAGUAAUCAGGCUAGAAAAUUUGGACUUAAUGUCAAAGCAUGGUCCAGAUGUGUGGAAGCUGUACAAUCAACGGCUGGAAGCGAUUUUUGCCAGAAUGCAAUCACAAGUGGUUGAACUGAAUGGAAAGAUUGAGACCGUAAACAGGGAAAGGAAAUAUCAUCAGCAAAAUACUGCAUAUGAGCUCAAUGCUUUGUCCAUACAAUGGAGAGAGCUUUGUUUGAAGAACAUGGAAAUCCAAUCUGCAUGUGUUGAAUUGGAAGACCAAAUUGAACAGCUGAGGACGGAAGCUAGAGAGAGGGGCUGGGAUUUGGAUGCUAAUAUUGAGAAUGGCAAAAUCCAUGUGGCAGAAUAAGAGGGAUGGGUCCAAAAUUCAUGACGAUUUUGGCAGUGCAGGAUCUUGUUGCUGGACUUGAAGGCGAAGUUGGUUAGAGUUCUUGCUUUAGGUUGAAGUGGUGAGGCUUAUUCGUGUUUCUGCUGUAACAUCAAUUGUAAGCCAUAGCUUUUUCUACUUUGUUGGGGAACGAUCAGUAUAAGAAAGAAAACAUCCUAGUUGUGAACAUUUUAGAUGGACUAAAAAGAUGAGAACCAGGAAGGUUGCUCUCCACCAAAAAUGAAACAGGUAUGUGACAAUGAGAUGUUUUGUCACCUCACGUGAUUCUCAUUGUGUAGUGAUCAAACCCCCAAAUUUCUGAAUAUGAGCAUGAAACCAGAAGAAGCAAAUGGACCAGCCCAUGAUGAUCCUAAGAUGCGUUUAACUUAGCAUGGAAGCUCCUAGAGCGCAAAUUGAGUAAGAAAAUAAUUGGAUUACUAUAUUGAAACUAUUUGCGACAUAGAAACGGCAUUUCUUUCCCAGAAAGAAGUGCCCUCAAAGUUUGAGCUGUGUCAAUAUAUAGAGAGAACAACUGUUGAAGCAUGUUCUUGGAUGUUGAUGUUAUUGAUGUUCUUUGAUUACUUGAUUUUGUUAAAAUAAUCUAA